AUGCCUCACGAUUUUUUCAUGAACUUUGAGUCUCCUUUGUUCGUGAGAGUCCAAUUGCACACUUUCGUGCAACCACCUCGUCCCCUAAUGGCCUAUCUUACGCUCAACAGAUCGGUCACUUGUGACAAGCUGUACAGCUCCCGCAGAACCGUAUCUUGUAAACGCAAUAUGUGGUCGAAUGCAGGAUUGCCCACUCACUCAAGUGUGCCAGUCUGUGGAUACACAUCACUUGGGUUGCAAAUAUCACACCACACAAUGCCGUUGCCAACAGAUGCCAGAAAGAGACAUGGUAAUAGAAACUGCUCCCGCCCGACUACAAUCUCCCGCCUAUCUGCAAACGCCGUGGUCCAGCAUAGGCCACCACCAACCAAUGCUCUUACGACACCGACGAAUACCGCCCCUCUUGCUGCGAGGCGGGGCUUGGAUAUGGAUAUGGAUAUGGGUAUGAAAAUGGAGGGUGUUUCUGGUCAUUCGCAAGGGACUUCAAAGAAGCAAGCCACCGUUGCGUACAACAUGGCUCGCAGCGGCGCCAAACAAAGAAAUACGGCUAUUGGAGACGGAGCUACUGUGACAUGGAAUGGGGCGUUCGACUACGGGACCAAGCAAACGAAUAAGUCUUGCGUUUUCAUGUGA